GGAAGAUUGCAAAACCGAGUGACUCGACGUGUGACGGUUACGAUCACUUGAUAUUUCACGACACAUAUUCACCACUGUCUCUCGCCGAACGAACAACCACGCCGCUCUCGAACCUCCCAUCCCAUCUCCCUUCUUCAUCCCACCACCACCACACCGCUACAUCACCUCCGACCACCCACCAUGUCUAGCAGAGGCGGCAGCUCACGAGGCCGCGCAAAGAAGGCCGUCAAGCGGGGUGGCGGACGCAGCUUCAGCAAGAACCUCCGACCCCUCGACUCCGACGGCGUGGAACAAUCCAUGUGGGCCGAACGCGGCAACACCAUCGACGAGAACUCCUCCGAAGAAGACGACGACGACGACAGCUCCGAGGAAGAGUCGAGCGACGAUGACGGGCCCGCAAAACCCCAGGCAGAAGAAAUGACCCGCGAACAACGCCGCGCCGCCGCCAAAGCGAAGAAAGAGGCCGCCAUGAAGAAGAAGCAAGGCGCUCCCGCUCCAGGCGACAUGCCGACCUCCUCAGAGGAAGAGUCAGAGGACGAUGAGGACAUGCCCGCCAACCCCAACCACAGCACUGCGGCCCGGAAGCAGGCAGCGAUCAUCGCGCAGCCGGUGGACAAGGAUGCGCCUGCUCCCAAGCCGAAGGAGAAGCAGGAUGUUUCGCAGCUGUCGCGGCGUGAACGAGAGGCAUUGCAGGCGCAGCAGGCGAAGGAGAGAUACCAAAAGAUGCAUGCCGAGGGUAAAACGGAGGAGGCGAGGGCGGAUAUGGAGAGGUUGAAGUUGGUGAGGCAGCAGAGGGAGGAGGCUGCGGCGAGGAAGGACGCGGAGAAGCAGGAAAAGGAUUUGGUGGAGAAGGAGAAGAAGGAGCAGUUGGCGAGGAUGGACAGGCAGCAGGCGUUGAAGAAUGCGAGAGGUGGUAAGGGUGGGAAGAAGGGUGGUAAGGCUUGA